AUCCCAUCAUUUGAAAAAACCAACCUUUAUAAAUUCCUCUUUACACCUACCUAAUUUAAGGCAAAGGAUUCUCUUUUCCUCUCAAGCAUGUCUAAAGAAAAUGUCAGAAGACGUGCUCUGCAGAAGAACACAAGUCCUAGAGAAAAAGAGAAGCCUUACCACAACUUUUUCUCCAAUCACCUGAAGAAAGUUUACCCAACUAGGCUCUUGAAAAGCAGCUCACCUCUGUCCCUGUCUUCGUUAUCGCUGUCUUUGUCACAGAACUCAAAUGAUUCUUCUCUCACGGAUUCUUCUUCUCCGCUGACUCAGAAGAUCACAUUGGCACUGCUCCGGAUUGCUCCACCUGAGAGAAGAGAAGUCGCGGUGGCUAAGGAUGUUGAACAGCACAAUACAUGUUCGAGUGGUGAAGACUUGAAGAGGUGCAACUGGAUUACAAAGAAUAGUGAUAAAGUUUAUGUACAAUUCCAUGAUGAGUGCUGGGGAGUUCCAACCUAUGAUGACAACCAAUUGUUUGAGUUGCUUGCCAUGUCUGGUAUGUUGAUGGAUUUCAAUUGGACCGAGAUUCUAAAAAGAAGAGAACCAUUGAGAGAAGCUUUUGCUGAAUUUGAUCUCAACGUUGUCGCCAAAAUGGGGGAGAAAGAGAUCACGGAAAUAGCCUCCAACAAAGUGAUAAUGUUAGCAGAGAGCAGAGUUAGGUGCAUAGUAGACAAUGCAAAAUGCAUAGUGAAGGUUAUGAAGGAAUUUGGAUCUUUCAGUAACUAUAUAUGGGGAUAUGUGAAUUACAAACCGGCAAUCAACAGAUACAAAUACCCAAAAAAUGUUCCUCUAAGGACUCCAAGAGCAGAGGCUAUCAGCAAGGAUUUAUUGAGGCGUGGAUUCAGGUUCGUGGGGCCGGUGAUUGUCAAUUCAUUCAUGCAAGCUGCAGGAAUGACAAUCGAUCAUCUUGUAGAUUGUUUUCGGUUUAAUGAAUGCGUAAAUCUAGCAGAAAGACCUUGGAGACAUGUCUAACCUAAACUUUAUAUUAACUUAUUAAAUUUUUUUCUGAAAUUGUUGAAGCAACUGCUUUCAAAUUGUGCUGACAUUUUCAUUUAAAUUCUGCUUCAGUAUGUAUUAUGUAUGUGAUAAAAAAUGGAUUGUUCGGCUCUUCAUCAAUUUAUUUUUUAACGGAUUUGUAUUGUAUUCC